UAUUAUCUAGUGAAAAGUUUGUGUAGGAAGAUAAAUCUUUUAAUACUGGCAACAUUAGUCACCACGCGAUUUUUGUUCGUGAGUUGAAUUUUGUAGAAUUUCUCGAACAAAUUAUCUAUAAAAGUUUAAAAUUAAUUUCGUUGGUGAUUCAAUAUGUACGGACAACAGCCAAUUUUAGUUCUCAGCCAAAACACAAAACGUGACUCCGGCCGGAAGGUUCAACUCGAAAAUAUAAAUGCUGGGAAGACGAUAGCAGACGUAAUUCGAACAUGCCUCGGGCCGCAAGCGAUGUUGAAAAUGUUGAUGGACCCGAUGGGAGGCAUCGUGAUGACCAACGACGGCAACGCCAUCCUCCGCGAAAUCACCGUGCAGCACCCGGCCGCCAAGUCCAUGAUCGAAAUCGCCAGGACCCAGGAUGAAGAGGUUGGAGAUGGUACAACAUCUGUCAUCGUCCUUGCUGGUGAGAUGCUGGCUGUAGCAGAGCAAUUCCUCAGCCAGAACAUCCACCCCACAGUGAUUAUCAGGGAGUACCGGCAAGCUCUUGAGGAUGCUAUCAAGCUACUGCAGGAUAAGAUCUCCGUGCCAAUUGAUCUCAAUGAUAGAGAUAAGCUGAAGGAAGUUAUUCGUUCCUGCAUUGGCACUAAAUACAUUGGGCGCUGGGCGGACCUUGCUGUGGACAUUGCCUUGGACGCCGUCAACACUGUUACAAUCAAUGAUAAUGGCCGAGUAGAAGUGGACAUUAAAAACUACGCCAAAGUGGAGAAACUCCCCGGCGGUUCCAUCGAGGAGUCUCGUGUGCUGAGCGGCGUGAUGAUCAACAAGGACGUCACCCACCCGAAGAUGCGGCGCUACAUCGAGAAUCCCCGCAUCAUGCUGCUCGACUGUUCUCUUGAGUACAAGUCGGGUGAGAGUCAGACUAACAUCGAAAUUGUUGGGGAACAGGACUUCACAAAACUGCUGCAAAUCGAAGAGGAGUUCGUAAAGCGUCAGUGUGAUGAUAUCAUCGCGCUGAAGCCGGAUGUGGUGUUCACAGAGAAGGGCGUGUCGGACAUCGCUCAACACUACCUCGUUAAGGCUGGCAUCACUGCUAUUAGGAGAUUACGUAAGACGGACAACAACCGCGUGGCUCGCGCGUGCGGCGCCACCAUCGUCAACCGCACCGAGGAACUCAAGGAGUCCGACAUCGGCACCGGCGCCGGACUCUUCGAGGUCAAGAAGAUCGGAGACGAUUACUUCACAUUCAUCACAGAGUGCAAAAACCCUAAGGCGUGUACGAUCUUACUACGUGGUGCUUCUAAGGACGUGCUCAACGAGAUCGAGAGGAAUCUCCAGGACGCACUUCACGUAGCUAAGAACUUGGUGCUGAGCCCGCGGCUGGUGUGCGGCGGCGGCGCCGUGGAGAUGUCGGUGUCGCAGGCGCUGUCGGCCGCCGCGCCGCACCACUCGCCCUACCGCGCCGUCGCCACGGCUCUGGAGAUCAUCCCGCGUACACUGGCGCAGAACUGCGGCGCCAACACCAUCCGCACGCUGACCGCCCUGAGGGCCCGACACGCCGCCGGGGCCAGCAGCGCCGGCAUCGACGGGGAGACCGGCGAGAUCGUCGACAUGGCCGUCAAGGGCAUCUGGGAGCCGCUCGCCGUCAAACUGCAGGUGUACAAAACAGCAGUGGAGACAGCGAUCCUGCUCCUCAGAAUCGACGACAUCGUGUCAGGGUCCAAGAAGAAGAGCGGCAACGAGCCCGCGACGCCUGCGCAGAUGGCAGAGCAAGAACACUAACACAUAGCUUAGCCGUACUGUGUUGAGACAAAAUCAAUGGCACCACACCGCUAUCUACACGCUUUUAUACAAAUCAGUUACAUAUACCUUACAGUUACAUAGCUUUGUAUGUUUGUAAUGCCAAAAUUUAUUUUAAAAAGGUAAAUGUAACUGAUUAGGCUGAACGUUCGUGCCUGUCUAUGGCCAGUGUCACAACUCUAUAAAUCUUUAUGAUUUUAAAGAUUUUAUCUUUAGCACAUUCUUAAUUUGAAAUAUGGAUUUCUGUAUACAUACCAGUGUUUUGACAUUUCCGAAGCCAUUUUUGAUUUUGUUUUCAAAUAAAGCUUAUCACACUGUGAAGACGUGGUUUGUUCGCAAUGUUUGGCUUUUAAAUACCAGAGAGGAAGCAAGGGGACAGCUAGAGGAUAGUGACCCCCAUGGAUUAAGUUUUGAUCCACGCUUCAAGUAUGGACAUAAAGGCAUUUCUACAUUGCAACGAUUCACAAUUAACCACUGUUUACUCUAACUUUAGCUUCUCUCGUAACCUAGUGCUAAACACGCCUUAUUUAUAAUGGUUCCAUGUAUUGUAUUCGUACUGCAAUUAUUUUUGUUUGUGGUCGCGUUUAUUCGACACUGGAGUGCAUUUAAGUUUCAGAUUGUUAUUUGAAUGGAACAAUAAUAGUAUUAAAGUUUUAUAACUAAUUA